UACACAAUAUUUCUUAUUUCCGGCAUAACAAUGGCUGUGCGUGCCUAGCAAUGUGAUUACGACUGCAAAACUAAUAAUAAUAUUGAUUGAAAUAUCACCUACUCGAUCUUUAUUUUCACAAUGUAAACAAAUUAGAGAAAGUGCACAUAAAAGCAUGUAUGGCGCGAAGCACAGUUGAAACUUUGUUCAAGAAAAACAGUAAAUUAGAAAGCUUUUUAAAAAAAUCCCUGAACGAUGAAACAUACGAGAGAGUGCGCGCCUAUGAAUCCUGCAUUAUUGUUUCGGAGAAGGAGAAUAAAGCGUUGAAAUAUGUCAUUUUAGGUGAUGAAUGGAUAUAUCUUACUGAAAAUCCACCUAAAAAUGUAGUAGAAGAGGUUUCUUUAAAAGAUAUAAUUUCUGUAGAUCAUGUAAAUGACUAUCCUGACUUCCUAUCAGGCGAAGAAAGAGAAAACACACAACAUUUGGUUGUCACUUACUGGACAAAUGAUUCUAAAAGACGAUCUAUACGACGCUCUAAACGAUCUCCAAGACCUGGAUCUGCAGCUACAGAAGGGGAUAGAUCAAAUGCUUCAACUCCACUUGGGUUUGCUUCUUCACAAGACUAUGGAAAUCUAUCUGAAGAUUAUGGGUAUAUCACACAGAGUAUGUCAAGUUUACAAAUCAGUGGUAGGCCAGAUAGUAGAGGUUCAAUUGGGUCAGUCAGGGAAACAAAAGGAGGCAGUAAGAAGAAAAAAAGACUAAGUGAAAGCUUAGAAGAAAGUUUCAAUCUUAAAUCUUUGAAAGAAGAGAGGGAAGACCAUUUGUUAGAUAUUGAGGAGAACAAUGAAUUAAAUCUUUCAACUAACUCUUAUUUACAGAAGCCAUUACCAAAGCGAGAAUCUGGAAAAAACAAAAGACUUCGGAAACCUUCAGGGGACUCUGUGAAAUCCAAUGAAACCAUCUCAAGCAGACAGGGGUCAGUAAGACCAUUACCUAAUUUACAAAAGAAAAAUGCUUUUGAUACAUCUCAGGCAGAUCAAAAAUCUUGUAUAACUGAGAAAUCUGAAUUAGUACCAAAUAAUGGAUUAGAAAAUCCAAAUAAAGCAAUAGUGUGUUGUUGUUUCCAUGGUAAAAACAAAAUAAUUCCAUCAUGUGGGCAUGGAGAUGAUACAACUGAUGAUUAUUAUGAAAAAAAGCCCAUAGAAAGCAUGGAAAGAAAAGUGCCUAUAAUAAGUACUGAAUAUCCCAUUAAGGAUGGUCAACCACCAGAUAUAAGUAUAGACAUUACAUCAGAUAUUGCUAAGGGGAUGAGGGGGUCUGUUUUAUCUGUACAGGAAACUGUUCAGUCUCGACGGUCUUCAAUCACUACUCUCAAGGGAGGUAAUUCCAGAGCAGGAACACCUGCCUUAGAAGGGGAAGCAACUCGAAGUAUGAGUUUACUUGGCAUUAAUCAAUCUACAUCAGACCUAGGAAGUUCAGUGACUGGUUUGUUACUAGGAACAGAAAAUCCUGGAGAGAGACGCAAGAUGGUACUCAACAUAUAUUUGCUCAACUUACAUUCACCAAUGCUCAUGUUAAUAAGAAGUGCCUGGAGUAACUAUCUCAUUAGGUGUACCUUGAUGUUAAAUCCUGAUUAUGAAAAAGCCUUUAGAUCUAGUAUUGUUAGAGGUCAACAGAUUCAAAGGGAGAAGAUGGAAGCUUUGUUCAACCAGCUAAAAAGAGAGUUACUUAAUCCUGAAAACACUAUGGAAGAUUCGUUUAACUUACUAAAUGAACUUAGGCUUGCUACAGAAAGAAACUUUGCAUUAAAGAAAAUGUUUUGGAAGAAUACAGACAUGUUUUUGUUCCUUGUAAACCAGUUGCAACAUUAUCUACCAAAAUCACCAGUCAAUGUAAACACUGAGCAUGGAAGAAGUCAAAGAUGUGAUGAAUUAGAACUUACUAUAUUGCUUACAGAAAUAUUGAGCUUAAUGUUCAGAGAAUCUGAGAUAAUUCCUGCAAGGAUACAAACAUUAAAAGCAGAAAGGGGAAGACCUGUGUUUGAUCUUUUGAAAGUUUUGAUUUGUACCCCUGAAGUUCCUGAAAAAAUGGCAGCACCCAGUGAUAGUGAUAGAGAGAUUGAUAAGCAAGUAUUAGAGUUUACCAAAGUUGCAUUGCAGGCAGUUUUUGAAUUGUUUCUUAUGGCUAAACAGGCAAACUGGGGAUUUAAUGAAGGGAAUUUCUUCAACAUUAGUUGGAUGGUAAAAACAUUAGAAGAAAUGAGAACUGUGGAACUAUUUGUGGAAAAGACAAUUGACAUAAUGAUGAAAAUGAUUAGACCUCCCAGAACAGAUGUUUUAUCACCCAGUGAAGCUGUAUUGCUAUACUCUAUAUUCUCAGUCUUACAGACAUUACUUGAAUAUAGUCCGAAAAUAGCCAAUUAUAUCAAAUCUCAUUAUCAUGAAGAAUUUAAAUAUUUUGUGCAGGCGCCUUCAAUAAUGAAAAAACUACCAUCCAACUAUCCACUAUGUAACCUGACACUAAGCCUACUUGAUAAAGUGAUGAAUAUGGUGGUUGAGGCUCAAACAACAUCCUCGUUUCCUAAAUCACCAAGAUAGUGUUCAACAUAUAAAAUUUGAUUAAGAUUGACAAUUUUUUAUUGUCUCGCUUUGACGGAGUCAAAAAGCGAGACAUAGGUAUGCCGUUUCCGGUGGCGGCAACAAUGUAUUAGUUUGUGGUUAGGUCUAGUUUAUGGUGAACCACAAGUGGUAGGUUAAUCAUAUUUGAUAUGCAGUUUUAUAAGCAUUUGCACAUCUCAUUUCCAUGGAGAUUAUUUGGCUCUGCCCCUUCAGUCUAUUGACUUUGAAACGUUUGCUUAUUUUACAUGUAAUAGUUUGUGAUUAGGUCAGUUUAUGGGGAACCACGUGUCGUAGGUCAAUGAUAUUUGGUAUGCAGUUGUAUAAACAUUGGCAUAUCUCAUUUCCAUGGAGAAUAUUUGGCCUCUCCCCUCAGUCACAGUCUAAUGACUUUGAAACUUAUCUUAGUUUACAUGUACUAGUUUGUGAUUAGAUCAGUUUAAGAUUAACUGCUAAUGUUAAGUCUAUGAUAUUUGGUAUGCAUAUUUAUUGACAUUUGCAAGUAUCGUUUCCAUGGAGAUUAUAUAGCCCACCCCCUCUUCAUGGUUCAUUGACUUUGAACCUUUUACAUAGUUUACAAGUUUUAAAUGUUUGUAUUUAAGUUGGUAACGACUUAUAAUAAACAAAUGGGAUUUGGUAUGCAGUUGUAUUAUCAUUGGCACAUCUCAUUUACAUGGAGAUUGUUGAGCCAUGUUAUUCAGUCAUGUUUCAUUGACAUUGAAUAUUUGCCUAACUUGUGUAAGAUAUUAAAGUAUUGCUAUUUUGAUUUCAAAAUUUGCAUUAUCAAAAUUACAAAAAGGCGAGACAUAAUUCUGUGAUAACAGUUUAUUGGUAUAGAAAUUAUGAAAUAGUGAAUAUCAUGAAGUAAAAUUUCCAAUAGAAGAUAAAUAUAAAGCACAUUGAAUUGGUA